ACCAAUUGAAAAAGUUUAGGGACCAAAAUCGUCAUUAAACCAUACAUCAAAAUAAUCAGCUCUCGAUUUCCUUCCCUCAAAUCAUUGUAAAAUCGGAGAGAAGCACCAGAUCCAGUUUUCUUUCAAUCGACAAGGCUCUCAGAUAAUUCCGAACCCUAAUUUUCCUUGAGCAAAGAUGAAGUUGAAGCCUUUCUUUUAUCUGGGUCUUCUUUUAACUCUUGUGCUCUUCACUUCCGCGGGAGAACCAGAGAAUGUCAAAGAUGCAUCUAAAUUGGAUACAGAAGGGAAUAAGAAAAAUGACGCCUAUCGAUGCAGCAAGUGCAGCAGUGAAGCUAAGGUAGAAGAAAGAUCAAAAGAGGAAAAUGAUGUGAAGGAGAAUAGUGGAGAUGCUGGUGGAGUAGGCCCCAAUGGCCAUGGAGGAGGUGGAGGGCAUGGUGGUGGUGGACAUGGAGGUGGAGGGCAUGGUGGUGGUGGACAUGGAGGUGGAGGGCAUGG